CUCUCCGCACGCGGUUCCUGUUUAUCUCCCACACGGUUUCCUGAUAAUCCUAUGCCUGCCCCCAAUAAACCCAAAACAAUAUACUACUGGGCUACUUAAAAAACUCUGGAUUAUCAAUCACCGAGUAUAUACAAACACAUAUACAUUCCAUAUAUAUCGUUCUCCGAUUGGUGCCCUGUGCUUUUUAGCGGAUCGAUCACCUGACGUUGUUAGAUGGUAGUGAAGAUGAUGAAAUGGCGGCCAUGGCCGCCCAUGGCGGGCAAGAAGUUUCAUGUGAACAUGGUUGUGCAGAGCCUGCAGGGGCUCUCUAUGGAGGACAAGGAGAAACAUGGAGAAGAAGGAGAAGAGGGGAAAAAUGAGAAUGUGAAGGCUAAAUUGACCGUGGAGAUUAAGUGGAAGGGUGGGAAGGGCAAGCUGAGCUCGCCCUUUAAAAGGAGGAGCAUUAAGACCAACUGUACAGGGGAGCAGUGCAUUGGGGAUAAUGGGAUUGUGGAGUGGAAUGAGGAAUUUGAUAAUGUCUGCCUUCUCACCAUGCUCAAGGAUUCGGCUUUUCAUCCCUGGGAUGUCACUUUCUCUAUCAUCAGUGGAUUAUCACAGGAAUCAAAGAGCAAACCAUCAGUUAUAGGAACAGCAUUCCUCAACCUUGGUGAAUAUGCGUCAACUAUGGAGAAUAUAAAUAGAACUACAAAGAUUCCUGUUACUUGCUGUACUGGAGGCAUGGCACCAGAAGCAGCACUAUCUGUUGCUCUUAAUUUUGUGGAGCUUCGGACAGUUCCAGAAGCAAUAGAGCCUGUUGACAGAAUUAGUGUGCCAUCGACAUCUUCAGAUGGAGGGUCUGUAUCUUCCGAGAAGGAAGAGCUUUCUGCUCUUAAAGCAGGCUUGAGAAAGGUAAAAAUAUUUAGGGGAUAUGUAGGAGUAGGAAGAGCAAAGAAAGCUUGUAGAGAAGAGGAGGGGAGCGAUGGUCGGAUUUCUUCAAGGAGUGAGGAAUACGAAUAUGCUGAUGUGUUUGACACAGAUUCAGGUAAUGAAUGUGAUGAGGAUGAAAUUGAGGACAAAGAUAGCUCUAGCUUCCGAAAAUCCUUUAGCUAUGGGACUUUGGCUGCUGUUAAUCGUGUUGAAGGAAUAUACUUUGGAGAAGAUGAAAAUAAUGAUAGUUGGGUGACAAUUCAUAAAACACAAGUGGAGUCAAUUUCGAGGACAGUUGAGGAGCCAUGUUCAUCAGACUCUGAUCAUGCUCUUGUACAGCCUUCCAUGCGAAGCCUUCUUUCUUGGAAAAAGAGAAAAUUAAGUUUCCGAUCACCUCGAGCAAGGGGAGAGCCAUUGUUGAAUAAAGCUUAUGGAGAAGAAGGGGGAGAUGAUAUUGAUUUUGAUCGGCGACAGUUAUGCUCCCCAGUUGAGCCUCUCCCUUUGAUGUGGAGUAAGAGCGAGGAUGGAGUGGCUGGAUGCGUGGAUUUUGGUGAUGACCAUUUUACCAUAGGCAGCUGGGAACAGAGAGAUCUCGUAAGUAGAGAUGGACAGAUGAAGUUGUCAGCUCAGGUCUUUUUUGCUACAAUUGAUCAGAGAAGUGAAAGGGCUGCAGGAGAGAGUGCAUGUACUGCAUUGGUGGCUGUUAUUGCUGACUGGCUGCACAAUAACACAUAUUCUAUGCCCAUUAAAUCUCAGUUUGAUACUCUGAUACGAGAAGGAUCCUUGGAGUGGAGGAAUCUUUGUGAAAUAGAAUCUUACAGAGAGAGAUUUCCAGACAGACACUUUGAUCUAGACACAGUUUUAGAGGCAAAGAUACGGUCUCUUUCUGUUACAGCAGAGAAGUCCUUUGUUGGCUUCUUUCGGCCUGAAGGAUUGGGAGAUUCGUUUGACUUUUUACAAGAGGCUAUGUCUUUUGACGAUAUCUGGGAAGAAAUUCAAAAAGGUGAUGCUAUGUUAGCUGCAAAUUCGGAACCACAGAUUUAUAUUGUUAGCUGGAAUGACCAUUUUUUUGUUCUGAAGGUUGAAAAGGAAGCAUACUAUAUAAUUGAUACACUGGGUGAAAGAUUGUUUGAAGGAUGCAAUCAGGCAUACAUUUUGAAAUUUGAUAAGGACACAACUGUGUAUCAGUUGCCAGAAGAACAGAAACCAGAAGAAGAAAAGAGUAGCAAAACUCAAUCUGCACCAGCAGAGAUUUCAAAAUCUGCACCGGCAGAGAUUUUAAAAUCUGCAGCAGAAAUUUCAAAAUCUCUUCCAACAGAGAAUGGAAAUCAGAUGCAACAGGGAGGUGCUAAAGUUGAAGAUGCAAGUCCAGGUGAGAUUGUGGAAAGCAAGGUUGUCAAAGAAACACUCAUUUGUAAGGGAAAGGAGAGUUGCAAAGAGUUUAUCAAAGGUUUUUGGGCAGCUGUUCCUCUACGUGAAUUAGAGAUUGACAUCAAAAAGGGCCUCUUGGGAAGAGUCCCACUGCAUCAUCGAUUACAAAUUGAGUUUCAUUUUACUGCCCAAUCUAGUUCAACCUCAAUGGAUUUGACAGUGGGCUAGUUUGCUCCCGUGACUUAGUUUAUCUAUAUAAAAAAUUGAUGUCCUAUAAUUGUUAAAAUGACUCUGGAAACCUGCCCGCAAUACAUUUAACUAACUGAUUCUUUUUACUAGAGGAAGUUUGGUACUAGGCAAAAAAAGUUGUGUGGAUGUAUAGGCCCUUGUAAUAAUUCAGCACUAUCUUGGCUUUCUAUUUAAGUUUUGGCUGUGAUAAGUGUUUUCUCAGAAGGGGAAGUGAUUAUCAUUUGCUUUUUAAACAUGGAAGAUGACCCAUAUCUUUUCAUUUUUCAGAGAGGGACAUUUUUCUGUACAUUUAUCUAGGACUGUGUUCCAUGGCUACUUGUAAUUGGGAAAUCACCCAUAUACAUAUUGUUUUGGUGUGUUUAACAGCUAAAUCAAGGAUUUUUAUCAUUCUAAUUUA